GGUCUGUGCUCGCUGCUCUAUGGCUUGCAGGGACUGCACAGAUCGCGGCGCGUUCGAUUGGACAAGCCCUGCCCGUACGACCACCACUACCAACAUCUCUGUCAGUGCUGUGCAGAAGUCAACGGAGAGAAGGAUAUUACUUAGAGGCGGGGGUAAUAAAGGCGAUGACAUGCAGCAUGUUGUGCUGAACCCACCACUCGGAACGGAGGUACACCUGGAGGCUGGAGCAAGGUCAAGGACAGCUGAAACGUUACUCUCGUGAGGCACAGAACCAGGACUUGAAGUGAUGCGGCCUCAGAUGGAUGCCCAGUGCACCGCCCCGACGGUUUCAAUCAACACACAUGAACACGUGUAAACAUAUGUUUUGCCGGCGAGGGAACUCGGCCUGAAGCAUAACCCGUUGGGAUAGAGACCCCAGAAAUGAUUAAUUGUCUGUCUUGAGUGGCCUGAGAAAAUGUGGUAACCCUACUGUGCCGGAGAGUCAUUUGGGUGUGGUUAUGGCGGACGGCGGAAUGGAAUUUACAGACGCGAUCUGGCAGAAUGUGAGCCAUGUUCUCAACUUUACGUCUGAUCCCGGAAAUGGAACGAAUGACAAUUCAUCCGGGUUCUGCCAAGUGGAGGAGGAACCGGAUACGACAAAUCAGGAAUUCUUCCGAAUCGCUCGUCUGAUCACUGGACUUAUCUUGUACCCGGCGGUAUGCAUACCCGGCCUCCUGGGAAACAUCCUCACCGUCAUCGUGCUGACAAAGCGGAACAUGCUGACAUCGACUAAUGCUUUCUUGAGUGCUUUGGCAAUAUCUGACGCUAUCAAGCUGAUAAAUGAUAUAUUAUACGUGUUGGUGAAUAUAUUCCUCAAGACCGAUGACGUCAUGGGCAACAGGGCGUAUGGAUAUCUAUAUCCUUACGCGCAUUUCAUUUUCAAUAUGUCUGUCUGUGUAUCGUCAUGGCUGACGGUGUCAGUGGCUGUGGAGAGGUACAUCCUAGUGUGUCACCCAACACGAGCCAGGGCGUUGUGCAGCCGAUACCGCGCUGUCGUCACCUGCGUCGUUGUCUACAUUAUCAUGACGGUCGUCGCUCUUCCAUCUGCCUUCCGUUAUCGGACCAAGUGGUGUUACGACCAGUCCUUGAAUGAAUCCAUGCUAGAAGUCGAGCUUACAGAACUUUAUCACAACCAAGUAUUUGUGUCGGCCUACACGUGGGCCCAGAACCUCCUACGAUCUAUCAUCCCCCUCCUCGUGCUAGUGGCCUUGAAUGCUUGCAUUAUUGGCGCGUUACGGAAAACCCGUGCCAACAAACGUAACUCCUCGCGUCAUCGCGUCACGGUGAUGAUGAUUAUGGUUAUAGUGGUGUUCAUGGUGUGUAUAACGCCAGACGCCAUUAUGUCUACUGUUUUUGGUUUUGGCUACCACGAAGCGGGACCUCUCGUCAAAGGAAUACGAGAGUUCACAGAUACGCUUUUGGCCCUGAACGCCGCGGUCAACUUCGUCAUCUACUGCUUAUUUAACAAAGUGUUCCGACAGAGCUUCGCACAUCUCUGCUGCCGGACAAAAAACCCCAAGAAGCUUCAGACAGAAAUGGACGAGUCCCAGUACCGGCGUCUGUCUGAAGCUAAAAACAACAACAAAAAUAACAACGUACAGCAAAAUAAUGAAAACUCUGGUUCCAGUAAGUCAUGAAGAUGGUGCUUGAGUGAACAAGCAACAUUUCGAGGACUAUUGUGUGAAUUAAGUGUAGUAUUUGGAUUCGAAACCAUUAAAAUGAGUGAUUGUGUUCAGGACUAAUUGCCAAGUUGCGUGUGUUCCGCGUCCUGCUGCAGGUAGUUUAAAAACUGAAAGACGUUAGACAGGAAGGCCAUCAGCUACUAGUUGGACAGUUGUAAUGAAUGAGAAAACGGGAGGAAGAAUGGAUUUUAAAUGGAUUAAAGCCUUGUGAUAAAAACACUCCUACUCUAGCGACAGGAAGGAUCUUGUGUUCUCCGCAGUGCGUGGACAGUUGGACUGGACAGGCACCUGCUAUGGACUAUGAAUGAAGGCUUAGCAUUAAUACAGUAACCCACAUUCGCUGGAUUGGUGCACAUGGUCCUUCUGUCAGAAUACAUGUGACAAUGUUGAUGUCUGAUGAUGACUUCCACGUAAGUGACCAUGUGAUUGCUGGCCAUAUUGGUCUCAGAAGAUGCAUGGUAAUUUAUACUCCACGCGAUGCUGUACUUGUAUAUAUGGGUGAAUAUAUGUGUCCUCACCGGAAGCCAGGAAGUAAAGAUGUAGUGCUUAAGGCACUUUGUGAUCCGCAAUGUGGGAGGUAGUGUGCUUCUUUUCAAAGUGCUGCGUCAGCUACUUCCGUGUACAUUCAUGUAUCGUACUCCCCUCGUUACCAUGCACAUAUGUGUCUUUGCUGGACAUGACAGUAUUUUUAUGACCUAUUGCGGUACAGGUGCGUUACAGUGGUGGGCCGGUAUACACGCUAAUGGACCACUGUGUAAACAUCUUCUGGAACUGCAUCAACUAGGUUUAGACGAACCUUCUUUGUGUAUAUUAAUAUCCAUUUCAGAAAUUUAUAUUUUUGUCAUGUCAAUGAUAUGUAUAUAGAGAAACACAGUGUACAGUUAUGAUAUGUGUGUAUAUAUGUAGAGCGUUGUUGAUUAUUAUAUUCUUCUAAACUUAUUUCUGCCUUCCAGAGAUGUUGAAACGACCCCUAAACAGUGUUUGCCCAUUAGCGUGUAUAACGUUGUGAACACCUAGACCGGAUUUAUUCAUUGUAAAUUACGUUUCCUUUUAGUCUUUUUUUGUAGUUUGUCGACAGGAUUCCCUGUGAUCUAUAACUCAUUUCACACACGUAAUGCCACAAAGUAAACACAGAAACUAAUUACACAAAACAUUCUCCUCUCUCAUUUCUACACUGGUUAAGUUAACAUUACCAAAGAGUUGCUCUCAUUACGACGGUGGUUAAGUUAACUGUAACACAAAGUUACUUUCAUUACGACACUGGUUUUGUUAACUGUAACACAAAGUUACUUUCAUUAGUACGAUGGCUAGAGUUAACUGUAACACAAAGUUGCUCUCAUAACGACACUGGUUAAGUUAACCGUAACAUAAAUUUGCUCUCAUAACGAUGCUGGUUACGUUAACUGUAACAAGAGGUUGCUCGCAUUACGACGAUAGUUACGUUAACUGUAAAACAAAGUUGCUCUCAUUGCUACCCUGGCUAAAUUUAACUGUAAUACAACGUUGCUCUCAUAACGUUGCUGGUUAGGUUAACUGUAUUACAAAGUUGCUCUCAUUACUACGGUGGCUAAAGUUAACUGUAAUACAAAGUUGCUAUCAUUACUACGGUGGCUAAAGUUAACUGUAAUACAAAGUUGCUAUCAUUACUACGGUGGCUAAAGUUAACUGUAGUACAAAGUUGCUCUCAUUACUACGGUGGCUAAAGUUAACUGUAACACAAAGUUGAUCUCAUAACGAUGCUGGUUAGGUUAACUGUAACAAAGAGUUGCUCUCAUUACGGCGCUGGUUAAGUUAACUGUAAUACAAAGUUGCUCUCAUUAAGGCGCUGGUUAAGUUAACAUUAACAAAGAGUUGCCGUCAUUACGGCGCUGGUUUAGUUAACUGUAACACAAAACUAUUUUCAAUACUACGGUGAAUUAAUUUAACUGAAAUACAAAGUUUCUCUCAUAACGAUGCUGGUUGGGUUAACUGUAACAAAGGGUUGCUCUCAUAACGGCAAUGGUUAAGUUAACUGUAAUACAAAGUUGCUCUCAUUACGGCGCUGCUUAAGUUACCAUCAUACAAUGUUGCUCUCAUUACGACACUGGUUAAGUUUACUGUAACAAAGAGUUACUCUCAUUACGACACUGGUUAAGUUAACUGUAACAAAGCGUUGCUCUCAUUACGACACUGGUUAAGUUUACUGUAACAAAGCGUUGCUCUCAUUACGACACUGGUUAAGUUAACUGUAACAAAGCGUUGCUCUCAUUACGACACUGGUUAAGUUUACUGUAACAAAGCGUUGCUCUCAUUAUAACACUGGUUAAGUUUACUGUAACAAAGCGUUGCUCUCAUUACGACACUGGUUAAGUUUACUGUUACAAAGCGUUGCUCUCAUUAUCACACUGGUUAAGUUAACUGUAACAAAGCGUUGCUCUCAUUACGACACUGGUUAAGUUUACUGUAACAAAGCGUUGCUCUCAUUAUCACACUGGUUAAGUUAACUGUAACAAAGCGUUGCUCUCAUUACGACACUGGUUAAGUUUACUGUAACAAAGCGUUGCUCUCAUUACGACACUGGUUAAGUUUACUGUAACAAAGAGUUACUCUCAUUACGACACUGGUUAAGUUAACUGUAACAAAGCGUUGCUCUCAUUACGACACUGGUUAAGUUUACUGUAACAAAGCGUUGCUCUCAUUACGACACUGGUUAAGUUAACUGUAACAAAGCGUUGCUCUCAUUGCGCGAUGGUUUAGUUAAAUGUAACACAAAGUUACUCUCAUUACUACGGUGGCUAAUGUUAACUGUAACACAAAGUUUCUCUAUUCUCACCAAAUGAAGAACAUGAUGCCGUUGGGUAAUUCCUUUACAACAAUCAUUCCUCUUCACAGGAUAACUCCAGAUAGUAAUCUCAAUCGGAAAACACAUCGUAGAUAGCUGCCAAUAGGAAGCGUUUGCUAUAUUUUGAAAUUAAACCGAUACAUCAAUGACAGACCAAUAUUUGACUAUUACUGACAUACUGAAUGACUUUAUAUCUCCGUCUGUGCCUGUGUGUGAGCAGCUCUGGAAACCGUGCUGUCAGCCUUCUGGUCAUAUAAGUAGGCCCCGUCUAGACUCUGUGAUUCUCUAGGACUGCUCACCGAUAAUGUUCUUAAUUUGACAUUCGUUAUUACAAAGUUGGAUGUACUAUUAGGUAUGUAGCGUUUUGUUGUAAUAUAUUGCAAAGAGAGUCGAGCUUGACGAAGAUUAACGACUUCGGGGCAAGUUCUCAAUAUUCUGGGUAAAACUAGAACAAUAAGCAUUGAAAACAGUUCAAAAUGCCCAUCAAUCAACCACAUCAAGAUUCACUGAAUGUAAACCGGAGAUCUAAUAUUGGUUAACGGUCGUCAUUCAACUAAGAUUUAUACGCCCUGUGAAACAUGUCGGAACACGGCGGUCGUGUGAUUAACAACGUCUAAUGACGGCCGUCACUGGCGACUGAUAUGCAUUGCGAAAUACGCUUCAUCACAAAGACAGUCUACUCUAUUGAACAACACUUUUGCUUUUUGAUAAAAACAAAUAAACUGAGACAACGAGGUCGGAUAAAACAACAGCAGCUGAUUGCAGUGGAUUCCGUUCUCUGCCUACUGGCAAACACAUUUAUAUUUCAGUUCUCACGGGAGACACUUCCAUCUAUACACACCAGUACAUGACAUCAUGAUUCAACAUGGACAGUUUAUGUUUCAGUAGAACAUGGACGACCACACAUCUAACUGUAUUAGGUUCAAGGUCGUAAGUCGAUCUGUGGCUAGUUGUGUCCUUCCUGUACUUUCACUUCUGUUUUGAUCAUGUGAUGUCAGAUGUUGAUUAAAUUAUUCAAAUGUAA